AUGGGGUGCGCCGUAUCCGGCCCGAAUGUCAACCCGGACUCGGCCGUCUCCGAAGAGAGGAGGAGCCCGUCUCUGGAAGGUGCGCCGGAUUUGAAAACAGAACCGGAGUGUGGGGGCAGCGAGGAGCCCAAAGAACCGUUCUUGCUCUCGGAGGCUCAAAAGGGCCUGAUCCGGGCCUCCUGGGAGGUCCUGCACAAGGACAUCGCCCGAGUUGGAGUGAUCGUCUUUAUCAGGCUCUUUGAGACCCACCCGGAAUGCAAGGACGCUUUCUUCCUCUUCCGCGACGUCGACGACCUCCAGCAACUGAAGAUGAGCAAAGAGCUUCAGGCUCACGGCCUCAGGGUGAUGUCCUUCAUCGAGAAGAGUGUGGGGCGGCUGGACCAGAUGGACAAGCUGGAACAUCUGGCCUUUGAGCUGGGCAGGAGCCACUGCCGGUACCAGGCGCCCCCCAAGUACUACGAGUACGUCGGGGCCCAGUUCAUCCAAGCCGUCCAACCCAUUCUGAAAGAGGACUGGACCCCGGAGGUUGAGAAGGCCUGGGAGAACCUGUUCAAAUACCUAGCAGCCACCAUGAGAAGAGGGUUUUACGCCGAAGAAAAGAUGAAGGCCAGCCAGCCUCUUCUCUCAAGGAAGGCUGGGGCCGAAGCCACCCCGAACAGAAUCUAG